AUGACCCUCGCGGAGGUGCCCGCGUUCGCGCUCCAAGGGCGGCUCCUGCAGCGUGUCUCUGUGGCGUGGGUCAUCGACGCCGCGCUGAUCGCGCACGCGCUGCGCAUGGCGCUGUACGCGACCCUGCUGCCUGUCGUGGGCCCCUGGGCCAUCCUGCCCAUCGACCUGCUGCACGGCAUCACCUUCGCCGCAGCGUGGGGCGCCUGCACCGUCCACGCGGGCGCCAUCGCGCCGCCCGCGCUGGCGGCGUCCUUCCAAGGCAUCAUGCAGGCCUGCUGGCUGGGCGUGGGGACGGGGCUCGGCGGCCUGGCGGGCGGCGCCAUGAUGCAGGCGUCUGGCGGGCGCGGGCUGUUUGCCGAGGGCGCGGGCGUGAUGCUGGGUGGCUGGGCCGUUGCGGCAGCCGCCAGGCGGCUGACUAGCGGUAGUGGGCGGGCGAAGGGCUGUUAG